UAGAGGGACCAUAAGAGCUCCUUAAAGAAGAAAUACUUCAAAAAUGAUCUCAGCCUUGAAGAGAAGCUGCAAACAGUCCUACCUGGAAUGCUCAUGUACCAAUGUGAAGAUGCAGUUAGAUUUUGGAGUUCACAAAAAAGACAAGACCGAGAGCAUGUUGGUGUUGUUAGCAUGCAACAUCAAAAGUUUACGCAGACGGUUGGAUCAAAGAGUUUUGCUUGUAUAGCUAAUGAGGAGGAAAAUACAUCCGGUUCUAAAGUUGGACGAAUCCAACUAUUCGAUAUGACACAUACGAAGAAGGGUGGAACUCCUAUGACUGCCGAAGCUGCAGAAAUUAUGGAAAAAUUGAAGGAGAAAAAGGCGGAGUAUCAUGUUACUGGUUCGAGUCACAAUCUUUUUAAUGAUGAUGACAUUGAAAAUCGAGCUAUUAAUAAUGUUUUGGGUCCUGAAAGAUAUGGUCGGGUGCGUUUUGGUGGAGAAGACUGUGAUGGUGCCAGAUUCGGUGGCCUGGGCUUGAUCUGGACCGUUGGAUGGGUCCAGAUCGGACGACUCUUGCAAGGCGACAACAGCAUCCAAGGGGGAAAUCUUAACUGA